AUGGCGCCUGGCCGUGCGCCCGAGCCAGUGGGGGCGCCGCCCGCGAAGCGCGCGCGCGCUGAGGCUGACGACAUCCAGGAUGCCGAAUACUGGGCACAGCGCGCGCGGGACGCAGCGCGUGCCGUUCCCGUGCGGCGCGACCUGUAUUUGGACACGAUCGACCGGCGCGUCCUCGACUUUGACUUUGAGAAGGUGUGCUGCGUGUCGCUCUCGAACGUGCACAUCUAUGCGUGUCUGGUGUGCGGCAAAUUCUUCCAGGGGCGCGGCAAGCAGACCCAUGCGUAUUUCCAUGCUAUUGACGAGUCGCACCACGUGUUUCUGAACCUCGACUCCGGCCGCGUGUAUGUGCUCCCGGACAACUACGAGGUGGACGAUGCGUCGCUCAGCGAUAUCCAGUACCAGCUGCGCCUGCCUUUUAGUGAACAGCAGAUUGCGCGGCUCGAUGCGCCGGAUGCGCCCGUCGCACGCGACCUGCGGGCACAGGUGUAUGUGCCGGGGUUCGUCGGCCUGAACAAUCUGGGGCGCAGCGAUGCGAUGAACGCCGUCGUGCAGGCACUUGCGCAUGUGCCGCCGUUGCGCGACUACUUCCUGCGCGGCGGCUCGCCGAGCACGCAACGCACAGACGCCGAGCACGAGCCGCUCGCCCACUCGACGGAGCUUGUGCGCCGCUUCGGCAUGCUUGUGCGCCGCCUGUGGAACCCGCGCGCCUUCAAGAGCCAGGUGUCUCCGCACGAGUUUCUGCAGGAGGUCACACAGGCGAGCCAGGGGCGCUUCCGCCUUACGGACGCGGCCGAUCCGGUCGACUUUCUCGGCUGGCUGCUGAACCGGCUGCACCGCGACCUGGUCGGCGCCUCGCACGUACGCGACGGCCGCUCUGUCGUGACCGAGUGCUUCCAGGGCGCCCUGCGCCUCGAGUCGCAGAAAGUGAUUGUGCGCACGGGCCUCGAGGACGAUGCGCCCGCCGACAAGCUCGACCACGACGGGCGCCUCGCGAGCGGUCAGCAGGACGAGCACGGGCGUGCGACGUUCAAUAUUGAAAAGGCGAUCCAGGUCGACCAGGUGCCGUUCCUGCUGCUCGCCGUCGAUCUGCCGCCGCUGCCGGUGUUCCAGGACGUGGUCGCGGAGAAUAUCAUCCCGCAAGUCCCAAUCGCACAGGUGCUCGCCAAGUACGACGGCAUCUCGAUCCAGGAGGCGCAGGGCCGCAUCCGCCGGCACCACCUCACGCGGCUCCCGCCGUAUGUGAUUCUGCACUAUCGGCGCUUUACGCGGAACCAGUUUGUGGAGGAGCGCAACAAGACCCUCGUCCAGUUUCCGACGCGCGGCCUGGACUGGCAGCCCUACGUCGAGGGGCCGACCAUGCAGGACUCGCAGGUCUACAACCUGCUGGCCAACAUCACGCACGAGGCGACGGCGGGCACCGUGCGCGAGAACAGUGUGUGGCGCUCGCAGGUGCACACGGGCGCCGGCGACCGCUGGUUCCAGAUGCAAGACCUCCACGUGGACGAAGUGAACCCCCAAAUGCUGUUCCUGGGCGAGUCGUACGUGCAGAUUUGGGAGCGUGUGGGCGCCGCGGACGCUCUGCGCGCGCGCAUCGAUGCGCUUCCCGCGCCGCGCCGCCGGCGCACCUGA